GCUCGAACGUACGCUACACUGAAGCUGGGCAGGACGAGACGCUGGAAAGGACAAUGGAGGCCGAACACCAACUGAUCGGGGUGAUGACGGAGCAUGCCACCCUCGUUAUUCUUAGCAGCCGCACACGGCUUGGCCUUCCCGCCACAGGCCUCUUGCUCUCUUUCUCUCAUCACCUCCUUUGGGUUUCCUGCCUGCCCCACCUCCCGUCUCUCCUUCCCCCUUUUGCUAACUCUUCUUUUCAGCAGCAAGCUUUUCUCUUUCAUCCUCUAACGCUUCGACAGCGUCACCCCCGACGUCGACUCCACCAUGGCCGGCUAUGCCCCGGUUGAUCAAGACUACGGCGCCGUCGACCACAACGCCGCCGCUGCCAAACCGCCAAAGAAACCCAUCAGCAACUGGAUAAAAUUCGGCGUACCCGUCUUUGUCCUCGUCGUCAUCGCCGCCGUCCUCGGUGGCGUCCUCGGCUCGCGCGCGGCAAAACACAAUAAUUCGUCGACGUCGGCCAACAGCGACCAGGCGUCGAGUGCGUCCGCCAGCGCGGCGGCGAGCGCUGCUGCGAGUGCGAAAAAUGAGAUUGGAAGGUUCGCGACGUCGACGGAGAGUGAUUACAUGAUGCCUGUCUAUCCUUCCACCACGAACACCGCAGCGUUCACUACCCCUACUUUUAACCCCACCACCGACACCAAACUCGCCUGGCCCACAGAUUCCUUCCAACCCUCCAACCCAAGCCCUACUUCCCUCCGCCCCGAUCGUCCCCGCCUCAUCGCACCCGCCUACAAAUGGGCUGCUCUCCCGACCUUGAUCGCGAACGACCCAUACCUCAAAGGCUGGAACGACACCAUCUUCGGUAAUGCGACGACCUUCAACUCGCAGGAUCCCGUGGCGUACUUCAUGGACGGAAGCAGCGGUAUUCUCGACGUCGCUCGCGAUAUCAAGCGAAGGAUCAAGGCGUUCGCGUAUGUCUACCGUAUGACUAACAAUACUGCAUGGGUCGAUCGGACGUGGACUGAGUUGCAGAACGCCGCUGGCAACGGCACGACCUCGUGGGGUCCUGACGAUGAUAAAUGGAACUCGGCUCAUUUCCUCGACACCGCGGAGUUGACCGCCUCGUUCGCCAUCGCCUAUGACUGGCUGUACGACGCAUGGACGGACGACCAGAAGACGUCUAUUCGGUUCACGAUGAACCAGUACGGUCUCAGCUUCGGUGUCCUCGCCUAUCAGACCGGCACGAACGGCUGGUGGUCCCAGAACGUCACCGGUAACUGGAACUGCGUCUGCAACAGCGGCCUGACCAUGGGCGCGCUCGCCAUCCUCGACGACGACACCACCGGUAACGCAGACACCAUCCUGAGCUACACCAUCGACAACGCGAAGAACAACUGUGCGCAGGCCGUUUCCGACGACGGUACCUGGGCCGAAACGGCGAACUACUGGUAUUUCGGUACGACCGGACACGCCGAGAUGUCUUCCUCGCUGCUGACCGCGACCGGCUCGGACUUUGACCUACUCUCCGUGAACUCGAACUUCUACAAGACCGGACUGUUCCACAUGUACGUCGCCGGCGCGACCUCGCUCUUCAACUACGGCGACCACGGCCCGAACAAGUACUCCACGACGGCGAACGCGAUGUUCCUCUACGCGGAACAGUUCAACCAGCCCCAGUUCUCACUCUUCCAGCGCGAGCAGUACGACGCCGCGGAGCCGAACGCGAUGUUCUGGUACGAUCCUACCGUCGCAGGAGCAUUCUGGGACGGCACUGCGCUCGACGAGUUCUUCGAUAACGGACUGGACCAGUGGGCGUCGAUGCGGAGCAGCUGGACGGACGUCGACGCGCUCUAUGUCGCGAUGAAGGCCGGGAAACUCCAGGGCCACCAGACGCACAACGAUCUCGACUGUGGAGAUUUCGUGCUCGAUGCGCUGGGCACGCGCUGGGCGGGCGAGCUCGGUUCGGGCGAUUAUUUGAGUACGGGGUAUUUCUCGAGCGAUGAUCAGGAUUCGCAGAGGUGGUUGUAUUAUCGGAAGAGGACGGAGGGACAGAACACGAUCUUGAUCGAUGCGGGGAAUCAGGAUGUGAGUGCGGCGCCGACGGUUAAGCAUGAUAGCUCUGGGACGACGCAGGGGUCGAGUACGGUGUUGGACGUUGGGAGCGAUUCGACGGCGUAUUUCGUGGCGGAUCUGACGAGUGCUUAUUUCAAUGUCACCUCCCUCAAACGCGGCAUCCGCACCAUCAACGCCCGCAAACAAGUCCUCCUCCAAGACGAAAUCACCUCCUCCGCGUCCGUCAUGUGGCGGAUGCACACCAACGCGACGGUCUCGGUCGACAGCUCUGGGACGUCGGCGACGCUGACGAUAGGCGACGAGACGCUCAUCAUGCAGAUCUUGAACGCACCGAGCGGGGCGAAGUUCACGACGGGGGACGCGACGAGACUUUCGAGCGAUCCGGCGCUGCCCGAUGGGCAGGUGGAUCAGCCGAAUCCGGGGGUGACGGUCGUGAUGAUUAGUUUGGAUGCGGGGACUUAUAAUCUGCAGGUGCUGUUCAACCCGCAGUGGUCCGGCCUGUCUUCGAGCGAUUUCGUCACGCCGCCUUCGGUCGAUCUUGAUUCGUGGUCUUUGACGAGCCAUAACUGAGUGGAUAGUCACGAUGGCCACUUGGGAUGUUCUCUGUAUCUAUAGGAUUUUUUGGUGGGCGUUGUGGUUGUGACAGAGGCGCCUGUCAUGUUGUAGGGUUUGAACCUACUUGAUCCCGACCUCCACUCACCAUUUCCCUCGACGGACUGAUAACUGAUACGAGAUACGACGGACUAGUAGCUAUGGACUUUCAGAUACUCCCCCGUACCCAUAAUUCGUACAUUGGCUUGUAAUACCUACCUCCGCAUCUCGCAUCUUUACUUACAGGCUUAGUCCCCUUCCUGUCGUUACUCUUUACCCAUGCCACGGUUUUACCUGUCACCUACCUUCUGACAUUCACUUUUUACGAGUUGAUACUACUUCUUUUUUGUGUUCCUUUGAAUUUGUCUGUUUGUUUGUUCGACGUUUGAUGUUUGUUUGGUACCUCACCCUCGUAAUGUAGGAUUUCCUCGAU